UUUUCUUGUUGUUUCUUUUCGGCUCUCCCCAAGCUUUUACCAUAAUAUUCCCACCAAAUAACCAUUUCAGUCAAUCUGUCAGGUAUUUCAAAGCCCGAUGACAACCCGACGCCCUUCUAAGCUUGGUUCCCUUGUUGGAUGCUUUGAGCAAACCAUUGCCAAGAACAGAGAAAAUGGACACGAUAAAGACUUGCUCGGCCGCACAUCUGUUCCUGGAUCCAAAGUCUGCGCAACCACAGGGCGGGUUCGGCGUCACACUAUGAGCUUCUCACCUCGCCCCAAAGCGAACGGGGGAACCAAGAAGCUACGACAAGUUUCGCUUUUGGUGAAAGCAACCAAUACAUGUAAUACCAUCCACUUGUCGAAACCUCAAUGUACAGAACCCGAAACAACGGUGGCAACCACGCAGACUAUCACAUGUAACAGUACUUCCUCUUCCUCGCCUCCCAACCACGUCUCACUCACUGAUCAUCAUAAGCAUGUAGACAAGGUCCUCAAGAAACCAGCAAACAGCAAACCACUCUCGAUGAGAUCUGAUGGUGGAUCGCAAAUCACGACUACCAACGCCAACAAGCCAGGAGAAUCCGAUGUCUCACCCCAGGUUGAACCCUCAGUCACGCCUAUAGAGAAACUUGCAAAGGCAAUCCCACCUUCAAAUUACACUGCCGUCUGCAGGCCUCCCCAUGCUUCUCUGGACGGGCAAGAGGAGGCUUCGGAUCAGGAUUCGUACAAAAAGACAGACUGCAAACAGGAUACCCACUCUUUCACAUUGAAGACAACAGCACCUCCAACAGCACCUCCACAUUGUCCUUCUCUCUCACGCGCCCCAAAGAUCGAAUCUGAAGAAGACAACAUGUUUGAACAAGAUGACGACAUCCAAGCCCUCCAACGGCGAAUCGCAGAGCUCGAAGGCAAGCUCAAGCAGUCGAGCAAAGACGAAGAAACUGAACUCUUGGCCGUAGAACAGGACAAGGUUGAGCGCAAGGCUCGUUUUCGUCAAGAGCAACGAACCAAGCUUGGAUUGCCAUCCGAAAAGGAAGCCGCUCUCCGGGCAUUGGCCAACAUGGAGUUGGGCCAUAAAGUCCAAGAGAAUCGGGAUACCAUUGAGCAUUUGCGCCAGUCCAACAAGACGCUGCGCUUGGCCCGUCACAGCCUUGCCGAGAAGAUUGUCUCCUUUCAAGAAAACAACUCCAAACUGGAAUCGGAGACUGCCUCAUGCCAACAGGUCUACGAGCAACUGAGUGCCUUCCGAGACUCGGAAGAGAAAACAUAUGAUGGUUUUCUCAGCUCCAUGCCAAGGUAUCGACACAAGAUCGAAAAGCUCCGGACAGAGGUCGAAAAGCGCGACAGUCUAAUCCAAAUGGAGCGAAAGGCUUCGAGAAGUUACGACUCCUGCUUGCGAAAGAUCCUGGUUCAGAUGAAGGCGCAAUGCGGUGACAGCGAAAUGAAUGUGGAAGUUGUUGCUCCAAGAACUAUGAUUGGGGCGCGCCGUCAAAGUGCCAAAGUGUAAGCGAGAAUGAAAACUGCGAAUAAAGCUGCUACAAUUAGAUGUUGUUAUAGUAAUGUAAAGAGAUACGCCAACAUACCGCAAUAGUCUUGAGUAGCUUUUUGACUUUUGAAGCAGAGAAUAGCGGCCGUUGCAACGCAAACCAUAAGGACAUAUUAUGAAUGACU